UCGAACACUGGACAGUGAAGUGCGUUUGCUAAGCAGUCUUGCCUAGGAGCGCGCGUUUGUACUAAAAAAUAUAUAUAUAUAUAUAUAUAUAAUAGAAGGAAUUUUUACUGUUUUAAAUCGAGUGAUUUCUAAUUCUAACGAAUAUGGGUUGCGCAAAUACUAAAGCAAGUGCUUCAGCAGCAUCUGUUUCUAGAAGCGGUACAGAAGAUGCUGUGGGUAUCGUGGAUGCUAACAAACCAUCACAGAAGCCACCUAAAGUUGUCAUUGAAGGAGAUAGCGCAGUGAAUGGAAGCGCGUGUCAAAACGGUCACUCAGAUGGUGACGUAAACGGCAUAAAUGGUUCUCAGGAGGUCGAAGUAGACCAAACACCGAAAGUAGAAGAAACAGUGGAGAAGGUAGAAAAACCAGCGGAAGUAGAGGAACCACCAAAAUCUGAAGACAACGAAAAUCAAGAGAAUGUGACCAAUACCGAAGAGGUAGCAGAAGAAGAGAAGGAGAAAGCGGUCGAAGCAGAAACAUCAGAAGAGAAUCAAGUAACGAGUCAAGAAGAAGUAACGCCAGAAAUUAUUGAACAGAACGAAGAAGAAAACGUCAAAGAAUCGGCGGAAGAAGCAACUCCCGCAGAAGAAGAAGAAACAGAAACAGAAACAACAACUCAAAAAGAAACUGAAGCCGAAAGUAGCAGCGCGGCCGAACAAGAAGAAACAUCAUCAUCUCCCAAAGAAGAAGAACCCGAAGAAAAAGACGAAGAAAAUAAACUAGAAGAAAAAAGUAACGAAGUAGCAAAUGGGUCCGACGAUGAAAGCAAAGAACAGUAAUUGCGUAAGAAAUUUGAUAAAUGCUCCAGAUAGGCUAAAGGAAAAAGCCAAAAUUUUAAACGAUGAACACCCUCCAAACCGCGGCCCUAUGUUUGAUUUAUAACAUAGGUUUCAAAUACGUGAGAAACGACAAAAAAUAUAGCUAAAAUUCCCUCUUUACAAGCCUCUUUUACACCCUUCCCUACCGUAUUACGAAAAAAAGAAAAAAAAAAGACAGUCACAUAUAAUAAUUUAAAUGCCGUGUUCGUAAGUCUGUAUGUUUCAGUGAUAGUUGAUAGAAAGAAAAAAAAAAAACGAUACGGAUUUUUGAAGAACUCUUUUAGAAAUGAUCUGACAAGAAAAAUAAAAUUAUAAAUUUACUAUGUAUCAUGGCUUCUGAUAUAGGCCUCGUCUCUAUAUGUUACUGAGUGCCAAUGGAUUUGUUUGAAUGGAAAAAAAAAAAGAUAAUAAUUCGGGUGAGUCUGUUUGAAGAAUUGAUGCUGUAGAGAAUGUUUUUAGAAUUAUUUUUUUCUCCAAUAACGAUGUUACGAAGGUGCAUUGAUAAUUUGGUGCUUUGACCUUUAUUAUAUGCAAAAAAAAUACAGCAAUUAUGUUCCUUUUUGUAUAUAAUUUUGUUAAUAUAUAAAUAACGUUGCUUUGUUCUCAUACGUGAAUAUUUAAAUAAUAAUAAUAAAUGAAUAAAUAAAUAAAAAUUCGGAUUUAUUUGGGUUAGGUAAAUACUCCCUCCAGUUGCCAAAAUAAUAAAAGAGGUUCGAUGUUGAUGACAGGCAAAGUAUAUUACUAAUGCAAUAAUACGAAUUGCGAUUGCAUCUCAUGCGUAAGUAUACUAGAAAUUUGUUUUUUUCUAGAGAUAAAUACGUAAAAAUGUCGUUUAAGAAUGGAAAAAUAUUGAAAAGAAGCAACGCAAAUCGUAUUUCUGCAAACCAUUUUAAAAUUAAUUGUUAUAUUAGUAUACGAUAUCAACAAAAAAAAA